CCCUCUUUCGUUCAUCCCAUCUCUCUCUCUCUCUCUCUCUCUCUCUCCCUCUACCGGAGCGGUAUGGCUACUGUAGGCAUCGUCAUCACCGUCGCUUCGCUCAUCUCGUUUUUAACGCUAGCUGACGCCCGAAUUCCGGGCGUUUACUCGGGCGGGCCGUGGCAGAACGCCCACGCCACCUUCUACGGUGGGAGCGAUGCCUCUGGUACCAUGGGAGGAGCUUGCGGAUAUGGGAAUCUCUACAGCCAGGGCUACGGCGUGAACACGGCGGCUCUCAGCACGGCGCUUUUCAGCGACGGGCUGAGCUGCGGUGCUUGCUUUGAGAUAAAAUGCGCCGACGAUCCGACAUGGUGCCAUUCCGGCAGUCCUUCGAUAUUCAUCACCGCUACAAACUUCUGUCCGCCUAACUACGCCCUUCCCAGCGACAAUGGCGGGUGGUGCAACCCUCCUCGCCCCCACUUCGAUCUCGCCAUGCCCAUGUUCCUCAAGAUCGCCGAGUACCGUGCCGGAAUCGUCCCCGUUUCUUUCCGCAGGGUCCCAUGCCGGAAACAAGGAGGGAUCAGAUUCACCAUCAACGGCUUCCGAUACUUCAACCUCGUCCUGAUAUCGAACGUGGCCGGCGCCGGCAACAUUGUCCACGUCAGCAUCAAGGGAUCGAAGACGGGAUGGAUGAGCAUGAGCCGCAACUGGGGUCAGAACUGGCAGUCCAACGCAGUUCUGGUGGGCCAGUCUCUCUCCUUCCGUGUAACCGCCGGCGAUCGCCGCAAGUCUACCUCCUGGAACAUUGCUCCGGCGAACUGGCAGUUCGGUCAGACCUUUGCCGGCAAGAAUUUCCGGGUCUAACAGAAAUCAAAUCAUGAUUCCCGCCAUAGUUUUUAGGCGCUAAAUUCAAAUGGUUUGGGUUUCUCUUUUUUCGUUUUCUUUUUCAGAUUUUCUAGUGAGAAAGCAAAACGAGGGGUUAAAAGUAAAAAAAGUAAAGAUUGGAGAGUGUGUUUGAUGGGAUUUUGGUAGGGAAAAGAGAGAGGGAAAAAGGGGUGUGUUUUGGAACUUCUUUUAAUUACUAAGAGUGUGUUUUUAAUGGGGGUGUGUGGUUGAAAAAAACAGUAGUAGCGGUUGAAGUGGCUGCAAAAAGGAAAGCGUAGCCCGCAGCAGCUCUCUGCCUAUUUAUGUAAUUUGUUUGAUCUAUAUUUGGGGUUUAUAUGAUAUGAAAUGGUAGUAUGAUAGUUUUUAUA